AUGGCGUCAGCCUCAACGCCUAUAAAUGCUUUUGCGCCAUGGUCUUUCAGCUGGUCAUUCUGGCCUUCCACGACCCAGUUUUAUAUCUACAUGCACUUUGCCGAGAUUAAAACUUUACAGGUCAAUGAAACCCGGGAAUUCAGUGUAUCCGUGAAUGGUGAAUUUGUGUCUGAACGCUAUAGUCCUAAAAGGAUGGCCAUGGAAACUAUAUUCUACUCCACAAAACAAUGUGAAGAAGGAUUAUGCAUCAUAGAGUUAUCAAGAACGUCAAAAUCUACUCUUCCUCCUCUCAUGAACGCUUUAGAGAUUUACUAUGUGAUCGAACUACCGCAACUGAAAACAAACCAAGAUGAUGUGCUUGCUAUCAAGAGUAUCCAAAAUACUUAUGGAGUGAGUAAGGUUAACUGGCAAGGAGAUCCAUGUGUUCCUAGGGAGUUCUUGUGGGAUGGUUUAAACUGUGACAACCUAGAGAAUUCAAUGCCACCUAUAGUCACUUUUUUGUAA